AACAUGCCAUGCUCCCCAUCCAGGCUGCUUGCCGGCAAACCGUGAGUUGUCUGACUUGAAGACUGUCUGCCUGCAGUGUACCAUCUCCUGGAGUCUUGUUGCUCGCCUUUAUCCUGCUAACACACUUACCCUCCCCGACCAGCGAGAGUGAACAUUCAUCCGACGUCGGAUACUGUACAAAAUGGCAAACUAUCUAGACAAAGACUACCUACUCUCACUUGGGCAGAUUGACCCAGAACUCAAAGCGUUCCUCGAAAAAGCCAAUCUGCCACCUCCCGACUAUGGCAAUUUGAAGGUUUUCAAGGAAUUGGUCGCCAAGCGCAAUGAGGCCGCCAUGGCUCUUUUGGGCGAGCCACCGGCCGAGAUCAAACAAACCGAACUCCAAUACCCAGCCGAGGAUGGCACUCAGUUAAGGGCCAAGUUGUAUCAGCCUACCAAUCCUCCCAAGGAAGGUAGCCCCUUGGUCGUCCUCUUCCACGGAGGAGGUUUCUGCAUUGGCGCUCCAGAAGGAGAAGAACAGACGGCCCGCAACCUAGUCCAGGCAUUUGGUGCUGUCGCCAUCUCGGCUUCCUAUCGACUAGCCCCAGAGUUCAAAUUCCCGUAUGCACCCAAGGAUGCCUGGGCUGCCCUGAAAUGGGCUGCGGCCAACGCCAAAUCCUGGGGCGCCGACCCUUCCGUUGGCUUUAUCGUUGGGGGCACUUCGGCUGGUGGCAAUCUUUCCGCCGUCCUGGCACACUUGGCACGUGAUGAGAAGCUAUCCCCUCCCUUGACCGGCCAAUAUCUCGCCAUCCCCGCUGUUCUACCAGCCAAGGAAGUCCCAGACAAAUAUAAGGAAUACUUCCUGUCAUAUGAGCAGAAUAGAAACGUGCCGGUUCUACCUGUGGCUGCCAUUGACAUGUUCAUGGACGGAUAUCAACCCGAUGACAAGGAUGGAGUCUUGUAUGCCACUUUCAACCAUCCCAAGGGCCAUAAAGAUCUCCCUCCGGCAUAUUUCCAGGUAGACGGCAUGGACCCGCUACGGGAUGAAGGCAUCAUCUAUGAGCGAGUUCUUCGUGAGGAAUAUGGGAUCAAGACCAAACUCGACUUGUAUCCUGGUCUGCCACACGGCCACUGGUCAUUCUUCCCAUUCCUGAGCAGCUCCGACAAAUUCCGCAAGGACCAAGUCAAUGGCAUUGGCUGGUUGUUGGGCAGGACACCCGAUUUCACAAAGGUGCAAACCACAUCCGUGCCCGCUGGUGUUUGAUUCCAGUUUCUGAGUAGAUAGAAGUCAGAGCUAGAGAUAGACGCACCAGCAAAAGUUCAAUAUACGAUGCCUAAUUGCCCC